UUUUGUGUCUCUUUAUGGCCAGUUAGCGUCUCAUUGUAGUUAUUUGCUCCUCUUUGUGGUCAUUUAGUGUCUCUUUUUAUUCAUUUUGCGUCUCAGUGUGUUUAAUUGUUCCUCUUUUUGCAGUAAAGUUACUCACUUCACUCCAUGCCUGACGCUGGUCAUGAAUUACGACCUUGUGGUUUGGAGGUACAAUUUCCCGAAGCACCUAAACGCGGCGCUGAUGUGCCUCCAUUUUGUGUCGGUCGGCCGUUUCCGUGUUUCCGAGCAGGGACCGAUUAAACGGUGUCAGCGGGGAGUAUGGCUCUGCUCGCAGAGACGUCUUGUAGGGAGAGCCGGACAGCGCUGCCACUGACAGCCGGGAAGUAAACAGCUAACUGCUAACAGGCUAACCGUUAACGACUAACUGCUAACGGCUAACAGCGGCUAGCGCUAGUGACGGCCACUAGCUGGUGAACCGUCGACAGUAGGCUAACGUUAGCCGGCUAACCUGCGAGUAUCUUUGGUGGCGUUAAGUUACAUCACCGCGACCUGCCAGCACCCUCCCAUCCUAAUUUUUUGACAAACUCCUCCGACCACGGAUUGCCACAACGGCACUUUCCAUUCAUGUUGUUUUGGAGGACGAGACUAUCAGACCUCCGCUUCAUCGAGCCAGGGAGUCAGUGUGUGUGGUCCCAGCUGAGACAGGGAAGUCGCCUGCUUUAACCCCACACAGAGAGGUGCCAACACAGGGACAGGAUGCCUAUUCCUCCCCCUCCCCCUCCUCCCCCUGGACCCCCGCCCCCACCCACCUUCAAUGAGGCGAACACGAGUCCUCCCAAACUGAGCUCAUCCGAGGCUAAAGGCAGAGGAGCGCUGCUGUCAGACAUCUGCAAAGGCACCAGGCUGAAGAAGGUCACUGCGGUCAAUGACCGGAGCGCUCCCAUUCUGGAGAAAUCAGGAGGCGGCGGCGGCGGUGGCGGUGGAGGUGGUGGAGGAGGAGGAGGUGGAGGUGGAGGUUUUGGAGGAGGAGGGCCAAUGGGAAUGGGGGGGCUUUUCCAAGGCGGUGUGCCAAAACUACGCCCAGUCGGAGAUGGUUCAGCCGGUGGUUCGGUGGGCAGAUCCGCGCUGAGGCCCCCGGGAGCCCGACCCUCGGCCCCUCGCCCCCCGACGGGCCGCUCCACCUCUCCCUCCCCGCCCAACAAGCCCUCUCCACCGGAGCACCAGCGCUCCCACCGCCCCUCGCUCCCCGACAUCUCCCGCCCCUCCAGCGGCAGCUCGUCCACAGGCGGCGGGAUGAAGCACAGCACCUCCGCCCCACCUCCUCCUCCGCCCUUCAACAGGGGCGGCCGUGGCAACGCCCCUCCCACCCCCAACCAGAAAGCUCCGCACUCCUCCUCCUCCUCCCACAGCAGAGAGAAGCCCCUCCCUCCGACGCCCAACCGAGGCCCCACCCCUCCCAGCUCUGCGAAGCCGUCUUCCAGCAGACCUCCAACAGGCGGCUCCUCCGCUCCUCCACCUCCCCCGCCCUACAGGCCGCACACAUCAGUCUCCAACGGGCCGUCCCAUGUAGACGGGGGCGGAGCUCCGGAGCUGCCGCAGAGGCACAACUCCCUGCACAAAAAACACCCGUCAGGAGGCGGCAGCCAGGGACGCAGCCACGCUCCUCCGCCCCCUCCUUCACCAUCUCCAUCCUCUCAGCAGUCCGCCAGACCUCCACCACCUGCCCGAGAGCCGCCAGGACGCAGAGCAGCUCCCCAGGUGCCCCCCUCCGGGUCUCGUAACGGCGGUCGGGACGCCCCUCCUCCCCCACCCCCGUACCGCGUCAACAGCUCUGCGAUCUCAGAGCCCCACGGCCGAGCGGGAAAACCUCCUCCUCCCUCCUCCUCCAUCUCAUCCUCCUCCAUCUCCUCCAACUCCCGCACCCCGGCCGGACCUCCUCCACCUCCCCCGCCCAUCAGGAACGGCCACUCCAUCUCCUCCUCCAAGUCCAUCAUAGACGACUUUGAAUCCAAGUUCAACUUCCACCCCAUCGAGGACCUUCCACCUCCGGAGGAGUACAGGCAUUUCAACAAGGUCUACCCCAGCAAAAACAACAAGGCCAUGAUGAGAGGAGCUCCUCCAGCGCCGCCGGUGGGCAGGUGAACAGGCCUCAGCUCAGGACUUGAACUCUCAGUCGGGUGGAGGAGCGUCGGGAGGGAGGAAGUGGUGAAGAAGCACCUGAAUAACAAACACACUACAACACAAACACACACACACAGAUAUAUACACUAACACUAAACCACCAGCUGGAAGCACAGUGGCCAAAAAAAAGGAAAGAAAAAAAAAGGUAAACACUACUCGGCGGUCACUUUCUGUUUUUGCACGAGAGAAAAAAAACAAAAAAAACCACUCGGAGGCGAGAAACAGACUCGACCUUUGUGACUGUGACCAGCUCGACCUCUGCAGCUUCUUCUGCUGACGGACGACAUAUCAGGACCAAACUCCGAACACUUCCACAUCUUUUUUAAUGCAUACUCAUGAUUAUUUUAUUCUUUUUUUUGGUGUCAGCAGUAAUUUGUGAGGAGUGGGAGAAAAAUUCAACACUAGGAAUUUUUAUUUUCAGCACAUGAAUUCCCACAAAACUGAUAAUGCCAUGAAUGUGGGGGAUAUUGUUUUUGUUUUGUCUUAAAUAGCCAUUCCAGCAGUGCCAGGUGAGGGUGCGUUUGAUUCAUCUCUCUGUCUCAGUGUGCCAAAAGCGGGUGGAGUUAAAUGAACUGCAGAGCGAGGGGCAGUUUCCACACUCAUUCAUAUAUAUGAAACUUUAAACUCUCUUUUUGAUCAUGGGGCAAAAAGCAGGAAACACAGGGAAGCCUUUCCUGGUUGUUUGAGGUUUUUACAUUCAGAGGAUUGUUUCCUGCUUUCCUUUCCUUUUGGGGGUUUGUUUUUUUUUUUUUUGUUUCCAUCUUCAGGCGAUGUUGCACGGCAGGUUAAAACCGAAACACUGUGCACGACGCUCGUUUAUGCACUUAAACACUACAUCAGGAUCGCAUUCACAUCGAUGUAACACAAACAUUCGUUCCUAACUUGUCCCUGAUGUGUCUAACUAACUGUAGUUCACACAGCCAGCAUCGCUCUCCAGACACACUGUGGUUUCUUGUGUGUGGCCACAUUUAUUACUAUUAUUUGUUUACUGGACCAAGUUCUGAUGAUCUUUGGCUGCAGAGUUUUUGGAGGAGUUUAUAAGGGAUCAUUUAACUCUUUUCUCUUUUUUUGCAAAAAUUCCUCUUCCAGGGAAGUUGGUCUAAACUCUCAACUCUGUUCUGAAUCUAUAAUUUUACUGUUGCUGCUGGUGGCCCUUUAAAGAAGGACUGUACGACCGGAGGACGACGACAUGUUGAUAAAUUGCUAUGCAGUUUGUACAGAUUGUAGCUGGUAGCAGCUAACCAAAAAGAAAAAGGAACACUUAAGUGCCAGAGAACUGUUGGUUUAAGAGGAUGGAGGAUCUUUACUUCACUUUUAAAACACUAAGUACAUAUUCAAACUAAGAAACCAUGCAGGAAAAUGAACAUAAAGAAAAGCUUGUUCAGGUCAGACUCUUCAUUCUCAGUGAUGCAGCGCCUCCUGCUGGUCUUUGCCUUACAUAAACCUGUUGUCACUCUCAUCGGUACCAGUUUUUUGUUUGUUGGGGGGGAGAUGAUGACAACAAAGUAAAUAAGAAACAAGUCUAUUUGAAAAUGCAAUAAAUAUUGUAUAUUUACAUUAAGGAAUAUGGUAAUCAUAGUUAUUGAUCUAUUUUUAUGUUGUAAAAAGCUUGUAAUAUAGGAAAGAGAAAUGAUUAAGAGUUAUAACAAUGGUCCAGCUGGUGAGCUUUGGUCUUUGAUAGAGCGGACUCUGUAGCACUUCUCUGGAUGUUUGGCCAUAGGGGUGAAUGAGCUGAAUGGAUGUGUGAGGUUUUGCCAACGAGCCAACGUUUCUACAAAAUCCAGUCGGCAGGUAAAUUAGUGAACAUGGUGAGUGGUGGGUGAUUAAAAAAAAUACACAAAAAACAACAAAUAGAGCUUCACUUCCUGUCCUGGAUGUACACUCACCUUGACGCACAGGUGACCCCGUCACGUUUGUCUCCUCAUGUUCUCACCUUGUCCACUCUAAAGAGCAAAAACCCUGUGGUCAUUUCAUGUUAAUCAACCAUGUUUUUAUCAUUUGAAAUAAUUUCAAAUAAAUGUAUUCCUGUUGGGGAAAAGGGUA